CAUUUUUCUCUCAGAAUUUCAACAACCUCAUAUAACUUCACUCUCUCCAGUCUCCUCCAUUCUUCUUCUUACUCUCUCUCUCUCUCCUCACCAUGCAACGGCAAAGCUCAAUCCUCUCAUUCUUCCAGAAACCUUCGCCGGAAAACCAAAACUCCGGCGACGGAAUCCGCCAUAGCUUUUCUUCGCAACAGAGCUUCAAUGGCGGCGAUACUAUUAAACCUAACAACAUUUCUUCUAAAUCUUCUGCUGCUUCUUUGCUUGAUGAAAUCCGAGGAACCGAUACUCCUCCGGAGAAAACACCUCGUCAGGCUGUUUUUGAUAAUUUAACUCCUACUGGUGAAAAGAAAUCUUCCGUUUUCUCUAGUAUUAUGCACAAAUUUGUCAAGGUUGAUGCGAAUAACCUGAAUUCUAAGCGGAACGAAGACAAUGGUGCUUCUUCAGUUGUUUGCUCGAUGUUUGAUAUAUUUAAAGAAUGCAAUGAAGUGCUUAAGGAAUCUGGCUCUUGUAAGAUUUCUGAGAAUAAUUCUAACAGGAUGUUUAGUGCCUGUUUAGGAGAUAGGAAAUGUGAUGUCAAUCCUGUCCAACCAGAAACACCACUGGGCCGACCAUUUGUUCCACGCUUGAAGCGAAUUCAAGACGAUCGUACUAAUUUUGAUGAUAAAACUGACACCAACCUGACAAAUCCUAAGAAAAAAGUGAAAUUCCUUGAAGAUCUGAAGUCAGGAAACAAAAUUCCCCGAGAUGCUUCAGAAGCAGUUAGCAAGUUUGAAUGGCUGCAUCCUUCCAGAAUCAGGGAUGCGAAUGGAAGAAGGCCUGAUGAUCCUCUUUAUGAUAAACGGACACUUUAUAUACCACCUGAUACGAUGAAGAAAAUGUCAGCAUCUCAGAAGCAGUAUUGGAGUGUGAAAUGUCAGUAUAUGGAUGUGCUGCUCUUCUUUAAAGUGGGUAAAUUCUAUGAACUUUAUGAAUUAGAUGCUGAAAUAGGACAUAAAGAACUGGAUUGGAAAUUGACCAAUAGUGGUGUGGGAAAAUGUAGACAGGUUGGUAUAUCUGAAAAUGGCAUUGAUGACGCUGUGCAGAAGUUGGUUGCUCGAGGGUAUAAAGUUGGACGAAUUGAGCAGCUAGAGACAUCUGAUCAAGCGAAAGCAAGGGGUGCAACUGCUGUUAUCCCUAGGAAGUUGGUCCAUGUGUUCACACCAUCAACGGCAGCUGAUGAAAAUAUUGGCCCUGAUGCUGUCCAUCUUCUUGCAAUAAAGGAGGGAUCUUGUGGGGAUGGUGGUACUACAAUUUUUGGGUUUGCUUUCGUUGAUUGUGCUGCACUGAGGAUUUGGAUUGGUUCUGUCAGUGACGAUGCCUCCUGUGCUGCUCUAAUGGCCUUGCUGAUGCAAGUGGCACCCAAGGAAAUAAUUUAUGAAAGUAGAGAUUUAUCAAGAGAAGCUCAAAAAGUGCUCAAAAAAUAUUCAUCUACAGGUUCCAAUUGUGUACAGAUUACACCUGUGCUUCCAGUUAAUGGUUUCUUGAGUGCCGCAGAAGCAAAGGAUGUAAUUCAGUCAAAGAAAUACUUCAAAGAUUCUCGUGACCUGUGGGAUCAUCUUCUUGAUGGUGUUACAAAUCAUGAAUUUACCUUAUGUGCUUUGGGCGGCCUCAUUGAUUAUUUAUCCAGGUUGAUGUUGGAUGAUGUUUUAUGCAAUGGUGAUGUGCUACCUUACCAAGUAUAUAGGGGUUGUCUCAGAAUGGAUGGACAGACACUUAUUAAUCUUGAGGUUUUUCAUAACAGUGCUGAUGGUGGUUCAGCAGGUACAUUAUUCAAAUAUCUAGAUAAUUGCAUAACUCCUUGUGGAAAGCGACUUCUAAGGAGUUGGAUUUGUCAUCCAUUAAAAGAUGUUGAGGAAAUCAAUAAUAGACUUAAUGUCGUUGAGGCUCUUAUUAUGCGUUCAGAAAUUAUGUUGAUUGUGGCACAAUAUCUACGGAAGAUUCCAGACUUAGAAAGAUUGCUCGGCAAGGUUAAAUCAAUGGUUCAUUCACAAGCUAUACUCAUGUUGCCCUUGGUAGGAAAGAAAACAUUGAAACAAAGGGUAAAAUCAUUUGGAUCUCUUGUCAAAGGUUUGCGGAUUGGGAUAGACUUGUUGAUUGUACUAGACAAUGAAGAGCAUAUCAAGUCAUUGCUAUCAAAAAUUCUGGAGGUUCCUGAGCUUAGUGGGCAUAAUGCGCUCAGUGAGUUUCUUAACCAACUUGAAGCGGCUAUAGAUAGUGACUUUCCCAAGUAUCAGGACCAUGAUGCAGCGGAAGGCGAUGCUGAGACACUGUCUAUUUUGAUUGAGAUGUUUGUUGAGAAAGCUAGUCAAUGGUCUCAAGUCAUAUUUGCCCUCAGUUGCAUAGAUGUCUUAAGAUCCUUUUCUGCCAUUGCUAUCGACUCAAGUGGAUCUAUGUGUCGUCCUUCUAUUCUACCACAGUCUACUUCUGUUACACUUUGCCAAAAUAACAAAGGACCUGUUCUUAAGAUCAAAGGAUUGUGGCAUCCAUUCGCUCUAAGAGAAAAUGGAGUUCCUGUGCCAAAUGACAUAGUAUUGGGAGAGGAUACAAAUGACCAUCAUCCCCGGACUUUGCUGCUGACUGGACCAAACAUGGGAGGGAAAUCAACUCUCUUGCGCGCUGCCUGCCUAGCAGUUAUAUUGGCGCAGCUUGGCUGCUAUGUGCCAUCUGAGAUGUGUGUUUUAUCAGUUGCCGACAUUAUUUUCACUAGGCUUGGUGCAACUGAUCGGAUUAUGACUGGAGAAAGUACAUUUUACAUUGAGUGUGCGGAAACAGCAUCGGUUCUGCAAAAUGCAACACAAGAUUCUCUUGUCCUUCUUGAUGAGCUGGGUCGGGGAACAAGUACAUUCGAUGGAUAUGCCAUUGCAUAUGCUGUAUUUCGCCAUCUGAUUGAGAAGAUGAACUGCCGUUUACUGUUUGCCACUCAUUACCACCCAUUGACUAAGGAAUUCGCAUCACAUCCUCAUGUUUCACUGCAACAUAUGUCUUGUGCUAUGAAACCAAGAUCCUCCUCGGGAAAAGAUUUAGAUUUGGUAUUUCUCUAUCGACUUGCAUCUGGAGCUUGCCCUGAAAGCUACGGCUUACAAGUGGCUCGUAUGGCUGGAAUUCCUGAGCAAGUGGUUAAUGCUGCUUCAAAUGCUGGUGAGGCGAUGAAAGAAAUGAUAGGGGCGAGCUUCAAGUCAAGUGAGCAGAGAUCAGAGUUCUCAACUCUCCAUGAACAAUGGUUAAGGACCAUUCUGUCUCUUACAUGUUGCGAAGAGAGCAAUAUUGAUGAUGAUACAUAUGAUACCCUUUUCUGCUUAUGGCAUGAGCUAAAGACCUCAUAUAAGAAUUCCUUAACCCUUGUAUAGAACAAUGUACAAUAGCAGGCAAAUGUCAGUUAUUUUGGUCUUGUGUUGGGUGGAAUGUUUGUAACUCGGGUGGUAAUUUUGUCUGAUGUAUGAUACUUCGUUGCAUUUUAAACGAAACAGAGGAAGUAUAUAAAUCAAUGUAUGUGUGAAAUUCUACAGUUAUGUAGUACAAACGAGGCAGUGACUUGCUCUA